UUUUUCUAUUUCUAGUAUAUUAUUUACUAUAUUUAAUCAUUUUAUUGCUUCUAAUACAUUAUUCUUAAAACAGACUGAAUUUUAUAUGUAAUUAAGUGUGAUAACAUACUUGUGAACCUACCAUUCAGUCCCCAAAGUAGAAUCUUACUGAUAACAUCAUCUGUAUGUUUUUUCUGGUAAAGAGAUUUGGAUUAAAAUGAUUGGUGAUUUACUGUAAUUUUAAUAUUGUCGGAUUUACAUACUGUGGUGGCACCCAUGUCCCUGAGAUGCCAUUCUAGAUGCCUUUCCAGGGUAUCUCUAGGGCAUAAUUCCCAUGUUUGGAAUAGUUACUUGAUGGCUUUUCUCUUUAUGAUGGAAAAUAUUUCCAGUUGUCAAGAUUUAUGUAUGGCAAAGUAAGAAUUAAAUUUGGACACAAUUUCUCAACCUUGGAACUAUGGACAUUUUGUGCCAGAUAAUUCUAUUGUGAGUGGGUGUCCUGGGGAUUAUAAGAGGUUUAGCAGUGUCCUUGACCUCUACCCAUUUAUGCCAGUAGUGUUCCCCUCCAAAUAUCUUUAGACAUUGCCAAAUGUCCCCUGGAGAUGUGAAAGGCAGAGAGGGGGGGUUGUCCCCUGCUGAGAACCAUUGGUUUAAGGUUAAUCUGACUCUGCUUUCAUAGACUACUGAGUUACCCAGGCUGGAGUGCAGUGAUGAGUGAUCAUAGCUCACUGCAGCCUUAAACUCUUGGGGGCUUACAUGAUCCUCCCACCUUAGCCUCCCAAAGUGCUGAGAUUACCGGUGUGAACCACCACACCCAGCCCAAUUUGUUUUUAGAAUGUUCUCAAGAAUAUACUUACGGUGCUAAAUAAGAUACUAAAAUAAUCCCAUACUAUAUUUCUUGACAGAAAAACUAUUAAAAAAUAUAUAUAUAUGAGAUAAAAAUUUCCUUUAUGAACCAGAAUAUGUUUUGUUUUGCUAAUGAGUGUGAGGUAUUUUGGAAAAAUGGUAAAGAAGUGCAGAGUCGAGUCAUAGUGACUAAUAAUGAAUGGAUUCUUUUCUUAAAUUGUAUGCCUGUGUUAAUUCUCACAGUCUUUUUGUUUGGGUCUGUGACAGAUCUUACGAAAGAUCUUUUAGACCCAUGAUUCUUACCAAAAUUAAAGAAUUAAGUCGGAAUCAAUCACCCACAAUGUCUCAUCUAAGAAAGGACUCUCAGACCAGCAGCCCAACAGAUGACGCAGUGGACAGGAGUGGGCUCCCUGACCUUCAAGGAAGUUUUGAGCUAUCCGGGAAAAACAGACAGUAUCCACUGGAUGCAUUGGAACCCCAACCCAGCAUUGGGGAUGUUAAGGACAUUAAAAAAGCAGCCAAGUCUAUGCUAGACCCGGCACAUAAAUCUCAUUUCCACCCCGUGACCCCCAGUUUAGUAUUCUUGUGUUUUAUAUUUGAUGGGUUACACGAGACAUUACUGAGUGUUGGUGUGAGCAAGAGGUCUAAUAUUGUGGUUGAGAACAAGAACAAGGAAAUGGAUACUCCUUGUGCUAGCGGAUUCAAAGAUAUGCCUAACUUUAUUGCCCUUGAGAAGUCAUCAGUUCUCCGCCACUGCUGUGACCUUUUGAUAGGUGUUGCCGCUGGAUCAAGUGAUAAGAUUUGCGCCAGCAGUCUCCAAGUUCAGAGACGAUUCAAGGCAAUGAUGGCAUCUAUUGGAAGACUUUCACAUGGUGAGAGUGCUGAUCUGCUAAGCUACAAUGCAGAAUCAGCCAUAGACUGGAUCAGCUCAAGACCGUGGGUCGGAGAAUUAAUGUUCACAUUCCUUUUUGGAGAGUUUGAAUCCCCUCUGCACAAGCUACGCAAGUCAAGUUAGUUGCCAAGAAAGCACAGAUGACAACCUAUUAUGCUGUGAGAAUGUUUCUAGAUCAGUGCAUGGAUGGCUCCAUUGCUCUACCUGCCAUUGUGUCUGAGAUCCCAGUCUUUGAGGAGAAAAAAACAAUGGUUAAAAAGACAUUGGGGAAAUAUUUUGAGUUUGGGGGUGUACUUUGCCACCCCAUUAUUAGGCAGCUAUCACCACAAAUGUUUCCAAACUUAGCAGCAACGGCAAACUGCUGGCCCAAGAGGAGCAACCCCACAUUUUCGGGAUUUAAAGCUCCUGAUGUUAUACCAGGAUCAACCAUCACACUCCCUUUGCUUCAAAUGGCGUCUACCCCGUAAGAUCUUGAGCGGGGAGCAUUGGGUGGAAUCAUGGAUCCUUGCACUCUUAACAUGAACUAAUUCUCGUUAUUUAAAAAAAAAAAAAAAAAAGGGGGUGUGGUUGUU